AACGUGUCCGCGAAGAUGGCGGCCCGGCUUAUGCAAGCUGCAAGAUGUCCUACAGAUGAAUUAUCUUUAACCAACUGUGCAGUUGUAAACGAAACAGAUUUUCAGUCCAACCAGCAUGUGGUUGUGAGAACCUCUUCUAAUCACAAGUUCACUUUUACUCUGAGGACCCAUCCGUCAGUGGUUCCAGGGAGCACUGCAUUCAGCUUACCCCAGCGAAAAUGGGCUGGACUUUCUAUUGGACAAGAAAUAGAAGUCUCUUUAUAUACAUUUGACAAAGCCAAACAGUGUAUUGGCACAAUGACCAUCGAGAUUGAUUUCCUGCAGAAAAAAAGCAUUGACUCCAAUCCUUAUGAUACUGACAAGAUGGCAGCAGAGUUUAUUCAGCAGUUCAACAACCAGGCCUUCUCAGUGGGACAGCAGCUUGUGUUUAGCUUCAAUGAAAAGCUUUUUGGCUUAUUGGUGAAGGAUAUUGAAGCCAUGGAUCCUAGCAUCUUGAAAGGAGAGGCUGUGACAGGUAAAAGACAGAAGAUUGAAGUAGGACUGGUUGUUGGAAACAGUCAAGUUGCAUUUGAAAAAGCAGAAAAAUCAUCACUCAAUCUUAUUGGCAAAGCUAAAACCAAGGAAAAUCGCCAGUCUAUUAUCAAUCCUGAUUGGAACUUUGAAAAAAUGGGAAUAGGAGGUCUGGACAAAGAAUUUUCAGAUAUUUUUCGACGAGCAUUUGCUUCCCGAGUAUUUCCUCCAGAGAUUGUGGAACAGAUGGGUUGUAAACAUGUUAAAGGCAUCCUGUUAUAUGGGCCCCCAGGAUGUGGUAAGACUCUCUUGGCUCUACAGAUUGGCAAGAUGUUGAAUGCAAGAGAGCCCAAAGUGGUCAAUGGACCAGAAAAUCUUAACAAAUAUGUGGGUGAAUCAGAGGCUAACAUUCACAAACUUUUUGCUGAUGCUGAAGAGGAGCAAAGGAGGCUUGGUGCUAACACUGGUUUGCACAUCAUCAUCUUUGAUGAAAUUGAUGCCAUCUGCAAACAGAGAGGGAGCAUGGCUGGUAGCACUGGGAUUCACAACACUGUUGUCAAUCAGUUGUUGUCCAAAAUUGAUGGGGUAGAGCAGCUGAACAACAUCCUUGUCAUUGGAAUGACCAAUAGACCAGAUCUGAUUGAUGAGGCUCUCCUUCAACCUGGAAGACUGGAAGUCAAAAUGGAGAUAGGCUUGCCAGAUGAGAAAGGUCGACUACAGAUCCUUCACAUCCACACAGCAAGGAUGAGAGACCAUCAAUUGCUCUCUACUGAUGUAGAUAUUAAAGAACUGGCUGUGGAGACCAAGAAUUUCAGUGGUGCUGAACUGGAGGGUCUGGUGCGAGCAGCACAGUCCACUGCUAUGAACAGACAUAUAAAGGCCAGUACAAAAGUGGAAGUGGACAUAGAGAAAGCAGAGAGCCUGAAGGUAACAAGAGGAGACUUCCUUGCUUCAUUGGAGAAUGGUAUCAAACCAGCAUUUGGCACAAACCAAGAGGAUUAUGCAAGUUACAUUAUGAAUGGAAUUAUCAAGUGGGGUGAUCCAGUUACUCGAGUUCUGGAUGAUGGGGAGCUUUUGGUCCAGCAGACUAAAAACAGUGAUCGUACACCAUUGGUCAGCGUCCUUUUGGAAGGCCCUCCUCACAGUGGGAAGACUGCUUUAGCUGCAAAGAGUGCAGAGGAAUCCAACUUGCGCUUCAUCAAGAUCUGUUCUCCUAAUAAGAUGAUUGGCUUUUAUGAGACUUGUAAGUGUCAGGCCAUGAAAAAGAUCUUUGAUGAUGCAUACAAAUCUCAGCUCAGCUGUGUGGUUGUGGAUGACAUUGAGAGAUUACUUGAUUAUGUCGCCAUUGGCCCCCGGUUUUCUAAUUUGGUAUUACAGGCUCUUCUUGUGGUACUGAAAAAAGCACCACCUCAGGGCUGCAAGCUUCUUAUCAUUGGGACCACUAGCCGCAUAGAUGUCCUUCAGGAAAUGGAAAUGCUUAAUGCUUUUAGCACCACCAUCCAUGUGCCUAAUAUUGCCACAGGAGAGCAGCUGUUGGAAGCUUUAGAGCUUUUGGGCAACUUCAACGAUAAGGAACAUACCACAAUUUCACAAGUCAAAGGGAAGAAAGUCUGGGCAGGAAUCAAGAAGUUGCUAAUGCUGAUCGAGAUGUCCCUGCAGAUGGACCCUGACUAUCGUGUGAAAAAAUUCUUGGCCCUCUUAAGAGAAGAAGGAGCUAGCCCCCUUGACUUUGAAAGUGGACUACUUGCAACACAGUGACCAAA